GGGACCUCAGACAGACGGGCAGAGAGAGAGAGUGAGGCGCAGCUCUGCAUGGUAGACACACUGCGGCUCGGUGAGAGGAGCAUCGCUGUCCUGCAGAGUCCCUGCACAAGAGGUCUGUAACGUUUGGAUCACCUGGAAAUAGCAAGAUACUUUAAUCCAGACAAGCAGCUGAAGGGAAACAUCAGAAACUGAAUCUUCUUAAGAAGGAAUUAGCAUAGGAAGAGAAAAUCAAAAGAGAAGAAGAGGCACUAAAACUUUCUCAGAGGAAAAAAACAUUUGACCUUCUGGAGACCUUGAGGAAAGGAAGUGAAACAUGCAGGGGCACGAGGUUGGUAUCAGGCUGCGCUACUGGUUGACACUGGCCUCGGGGAUUCUGGAGUGUCUGUGCUUUGCCGGUGUGGUGUUUGGUUAUGCCUCUCUGGUGUUUGUGCUUAAGGAGGAUGGGUACUUCAGUCAGCUGUGUGACAGCAUCCCAGGCACCAAUGGCACACUGAUCAAAGACUGUAGUAAACAGGAUGAGAGGUUCUCACUGGUCUUCACCAUCGCCUCAUUCCUUAACAACUUCUUGAACCUCAUCAAUGGUUACCUGUUCGAUCGAUUUGGCACCAUGGUGACUAGGCUGCUAGCAAUAUGUUUGUACACUACUGGAACACUUCUUGUAGCCUUCUCCAGUCCAGCGUUUUCAGAGCUGCUUUUUCCUGCCUUGUCCUGCAUCGCUGUGGGAGGAAUUCUGCUCCUUAUAACAAACAUGCAGGUGGGCAACCUGUUUACGAGUCACCGCUCCACCAUCAUCACCCUCUACAACGGUGCCUUUGACUCCUCCUCAGCUGUGUUUCUUAUCAUCAAGGUUCUGUAUGAACAGGGAAUCUGUCUCCGCUCCUCCUUCCUUGUUUUGUCCUCCUGCAGCAUCAUACACCUGAUGAGGACCUUCCUGCUGAUGCCCAGAAACCACAUCCCAUACCCUCUGCCACAAUACUACACCUACGGAGUGAACUGUGGAAAGGCCAACACUUACAAUGUGGAGCAGUUUGAAAAGAUGAGGGACAGUGCAAUGACGGUUUCUCAAGAGUCCAGUGGGAUGGACAACACACCAGCAGGACCUGAUGACAGGACAGAGACCCAAGACUCUGGAAAAGCUGCAAGUUUCCAGAGCUGUGUGUUGUCCUGGUUCUUCCUGUGGCACCUGCUGUGGUUGUCCAUCAUGCAGCUGAGGCACUACCUCUUCAUCGGCACACUCAACCCCAUGCUCAGCCGCCUGGCUAAUGAUGAUCCCAACUUGGUAAGUCAGUACACUAAUGCUUUUGCCAUGGCCCAGCUGUGUGGAGUGCUGUGUGCUCCCUGGAAUGGACUCAUCAUGGACAGACACAAGGGAAAGCCUCGGGCUCAUGGAGAAACAGAGCAGGAGGCAGACCUGCGCUCCUCCUCUCUGUCUCUGUUCCUGACCUCCCUGCAGUGCCUGCUCUUCUCUGUGUGCGCCUCCCUUCCUCUCCUCCCACUGCAGUAUCUCACCUUUGCUCUGCAAGUCCUCAAUCGCUCCUUCCUCUAUGGUGGAAACGCAGCCUUCAUUAGCAUCGCUUUUCCAGCCUGUCACUUUGGGAAGCUGUAUGGCCUGGUGAUGUCCAUCUCUGCUGUCAUCUCUCUGCUGCAGUACCCCUGCUUUGCCCUCGUCAAAGGAGCUCUUGGUGGAGACCCCUUUUUUGUGGAUGUUACUCUGACUCUCCUCACUUUGCUGGUGUUUGUCCAUCCUGCCUACAUCUUCAUCCACUGUAGGAGACUAACCCGCUACAGAGAGGACAACGUCCAGGCUGAAGCUGCUCAUGGCUCAGUUGAGGCCAAGUUCUAG